AUGGCUUCCGCCGAGGGCCACCACAGCGAAAUUGCUUCACUCGAUCUAGCCAAAGCCUACGAUACCACAUGGCGCCAUAACAUUAUCGAUCAACUCCACCGAUGGGGUUUUGAAGGCUCCCUCUUCAACAUUCUUCGCUGUUUCCUCACCAAUCGAAGCUUUCAAGUCUACUUCGGAGGAGUACUUUCGGAUCACCGUUGCCUAGAAAACGGAGUACCACAAGGUUCGGUUCUAUCAGUUUCCCUCUUCCUCGUUGCUAAGCAGUCGGUUCUAGAGGUUAUCCCUAAAAACACCGAGGUACUGGCCUAUGCAGACGAUCUACUGCUGAUGGCAAGAAAUCCUUUCCCAGAAAUGGCCCGCAGAAGACUGCAGGAAGGAAUCUCGGCUGUUAGUAACUGGGCAAAUUCCAUUGGGUUUAAGUUUUCGGCAGAGAAGUCUAAUAUAACCCAGCAAACAUUAAGUCUGCAUUACGGGCACUACAAAGUGGCAAUAGUAAACACCCUUGGAUACAAAGCAUUGAGGAAAAAAUUACAGGGAAGGACAUCACUUUCUGCUGGGUCCCAGGGCACUGCGGAAUCCAGGGUAAUGAACAGGCUGAUCGUCUCGCCAAGGAAGGUAGGCUCUCCGAACUAUGGACCACCUCCUCCCCAGCAACAGACACCAUCAGAUGGGUCAGUCAAUCCCUCAGAUUGA